AUGUCCUUGAACCCAACCACAUACUGGAACGUUUCAUCGGGGGAGAAAUUCGCGGGCUUGGAUCCAAGCGACUUUACUGCUCGUCCAGGAUCUGACCUCGCAUAUCACACAGAUAUCUUCAUCAUCGCCGUCUUGGCCCUUGCCGUUCUCUGUAGAUUCCCCCGGGCGUUCGCAAGACUGACCAGGGCAUCCGAGUGGAAGAACGGCUAUUUUUUCCACCACAUCCGACCGUCUGCACCGAAACCUAGCAUCGCCGUACGCCGGGGACCCAGCCAGCGCAGCCAGCGUUCUGCUAAAACCAUGGUCUCAGACGAGUCCGACACCGUGUACGACCCAACGUAUCUUGCCUACCGUGAGAGGAAGGGCGAGCCUGCCCCACGAAAUUACCCCCCUCAUGUGGCCGUGUGCUGGCCUUUUUUGCGGUCGACUGUUGUCUUUCUGCGCGCCCGUGUAGCUCCUGGCUUUUCUAUUGGCCAGACUCUGUGCUUGGCCGUAUACUUUGGCGUCCUAGCGUACUGUGCGUUCUACAAGUCGAGUCCCUUCCAGGACCCCGUGCGCGCGGGAUUCGUCGCCAUGUCGCAGCUGCCCAUUGUCUUUGCACUAGCGACGAAGAAUAACCUCCUCGGAGUUCUUCUCGGCUUGGGGUACGAGAAGCUCAACUUUCUCCACCGCUUUGCUGGGAAGAUGCUCGUCCUGGCGGUGAACGUGCACUCAGUAGGCUACUUUUACAAGUGGAGUGCUGAAGGGACGUUUACACAAUCGAUAAAGUUGCCUAUGGUAGUUUGGGGCUUUGUUGGACUAGUGUGUGUGGAUAUUCUAUACGUAUUCUCCACGCCCUUCUGGCGGCAACGAGCAUACAACGUUUUCCUUUCAUCGCAUUUCAUCGGGUUUGGGCUUCUCCUUCCGGCCUGCUGGUUUCACAAGCCGGUCAUGGUGCCCUACGUCCUCGCGACGCUUGCCAUAUACGCCCUCGACCGGCUCCUCCGCAUCCUCAAGACCCGUAUCAAGACCGCCACCAUUCGCCCAAUCCCCGAGCUCGGGCUCACGCGCGUCGAGAUCCCGCACCUCAACGCGGGAUGGCGCGCUGGCCAGCAUGUGCAGCUGCGCGUCCUCUCUGCAGGCAUGGGGUGGACAGGGUGGAUGGAGGCGCACCCAUUUACUAUUGCGAGCUGCGGCACGAAUAUCGGGGUCGGUGGCGCGCAGGAAGGGCUGGUAUUGAUGUGCAAGAAGGCGGGGGAUUGGACGAACGACUUGUUUGAGCUGGCGAAAGUCGGGGGGUAUUCUGAGAGAGGUGUGCAGAGGGAUGUGAAGGUUAUGGUCGAAGGCCCCUACGGUGGACCUGGACACGCUAUUUGGGCGAGUUACUCAGCCGCGGUGUUCAUCGUCGGCGGCAGUGGCAUCACUUUUGCGCUUUCUGCCAUACAGGAAUUGAUCCAGAAAGACUUGGAUGGUGCCAGCCGAGUCAAAGCCAUCGAACUUGUCUGGAUGGUCCAGGAUCCAGCCUCGCUCACUCCACUACUCCCCAUGUUCAACAUGAUGAUCCAACAGUCGGACCGAGCACCCCUCCGCAUAUGCGUAUACUACACCCGCGCGCCGAACAUGACUUUCCACAAAGACCUCAUGCAUCCUUCCAUGUCGCUCUCCCCUGGGCGGCCGCGCAUGAGCAGAAUACUAGAAGACGUCAUCACACGCACAGUCGGGCUCGGCGCAGGCGACAAGGACCGCCUGGGGCAUACGGGGAUGCUGGUCGCGUGCUGUGGGCCCGUGGGGCUGAGCGAUGAUAUGGUCAAGGCUGUGGGGAAUGUCGAGAAGGUGAGAAGGAAUCAAGUCGGAGGGAUCGAGGUUCAUGAAGAAGUUUUCGGAUGGUAG